UUUUUUUUUUUUUUUUUUUAAUGUUUUUUUUUUUUUUUUUUUUUUUUUUUUUUUUUUUUUUUUUUUUCUGAAUCCAUUGGCUGCUGAAAGGCCUGCACUAACUUGUUCUCUGUGUGCUUCACUGCGUCUCCCUUUUCCCCCCACCAGGUCACAUGGUAUCAGAGAGGAAGACUGCAGCAGAGGAAGCUGAGCAGCUGUCAGCAGCAGCAGCCGACAGCAGCAGCAGCAGCAGAAGCAGCAGUGGGGGUUGGGUGGUUAGCGGGCAGGCUAGGGCUAGGAGUGAGCGAGUAGCAUCACGCCUUGAGGAAAGGAAGGUGCAGCCCCCUCCCCGCCCUCACCUCCCCUCCCCCUUACUUGGAGUUAGGGCAGGAGCAUGGAGCCCAGCCCCCUUCUCACUUCCUCUCCUCCCUCUUUCCCCUCCCGCCAGCAGCAUCACGCCUUGAGAGGAAAGGAAGGGAUGAGCUGACUGAGGGGCAAUGCAGGGCGGCUGCAUCUACCACCCGUGUAAGUUGAGUGAGAGGGAGAUGAGAAAGGGUGCCUGAAACCCCUCAGGGUGACUAGAGUGAUGGGCAAUGGAGGCGCCGCCGCUGCAAGUUGAGUGAGAGCGAGAUGAGAAAGGGGGCCUGAAACCCCUCAGGGUGACUAGAGUGGUGGGCAAUGGAGGCGGCUGCAACCACCGCUGCAAGUUGAGUGAGAGCGAGAUGAGGAAGGGGCCUGAAACCCCCCAGGGUGACUAGAAUGGUGGGCAAUGGAGACGGCUGCAACCACCGCUAGAAGGGAGAAGAAAGUUGAGUGAGAGGGAGAGGAAAAAUGGGCCCUGAAAGCCCCCUGGGCGAGUUUAAAGUUAAUUGAGGGGCAAGGGAGGGCGGUUGCACCUACCAACGAAGUAUGUCGGGUGAGAGGGGAGGAGAAAGGGGGCCUGAAACCAUCAGGGUAUGUUGAGUGAAGGGCAACGGAGGGAGGCUGCUGCAACCAUGAGACAAGAGUAAGCUAGUUGUGAGAGGAGCGUGCAAUGGGGGGCUGUUACAAGGAUCAACAGUGUAAGUUGAGAGCUGGGUGAUGAGACAAGGGGGCCUGAAACCCCCUGGGUGAGUUGAUUGAGGGGCAAUGGGGGGCUGCUACAACAACCCACUGUGUAAGUUGAGAGGAGGGUGAUGAGACAUGGGGGCCUGAAACUAGAC